AUGGAGGCGGGGCCGAGGCCGGAAGAGCAGCCUUGGGCGGAAGCCCGGUCGGCCGCCUGGGCCCUCCUCCCGACUUGCCCCUGGCGCCCCGCCCACCAGAAAGUGGGUGAAAGGUCGGCGGCGCCGGCACUGCUGCUGGGGCUGCUGAGCCAAGACCGCCAGCGAACCGACAAACUGACUGACAGACGGACUGAUCAUGGCAGACCAGCCUAAGCGCAUCAGCCCGCUCAAGAACCUGAUUGCCGGUGGCUUUGGUGGAGUGUGCCUGGUGUUCGUAGGACACCCUCUGGACACGGUCAAGGUCCGACUGCAGACUCAGCCACCUAGUUUACCUGGACAGCCUCCCAUGUACUCUGGGACCAUUGACUGUUUUCGGAAGACUCUCAUUAGAGAGGGCAUUACGGGGCUAUAUCGGGGCAUGGCCGCCCCUAUCAUUGGGGUCACCCCCAUGUUUGCUGUGUGCUUCUUUGGGUUUGGUUUGGGGAAGAGACUACAACAGAAACACCCAGAGGAUGAGCUCAGCUAUCCCCAACUGUUUGUGGCUGGGAUGUUAUCUGGUGUGUUCACCACAGGAAUUAUGACCCCUGGAGAACGGAUCAAGUGCUUGUUGCAGAUUCAGGCUUCUUCAGGAAAAACUAAGUACACUGGUACCUUGGACUGUGCAAAGAAGCUGUACCAAGAGUCUGGGAUCCGAGGCAUCUACAAGGGGACUCUGCUCACCCUCAUGCGAGAUGUUCCAGCCAGUGGAAUGUAUUUCAUGACUUACGAAUGGCUGAAAAAUAUCUUUACUCCAGAGGGAAAGAGGGUGAGUGAACUAAGUGCUCCUCGGAUCCUGUUGGCUGGGGGCAUUGCGGGGAUCUUCAACUGGGCUGUGGCAAUCCCCCCAGAUGUGCUCAAGUCCCGCUUCCAGACUGCACCUCUUGGAAAAUAUCCUAAUGGUUUCAGAGAUGUGCUAAAAGAGCUGAUCCGGGAUGAAGGAAUCAUGUCCUUAUACAAGGGAUUCAAUGCAGUGAUGAUCCGAGCCUUCCCAGCUAACGCAGCCUGCUUCCUUGGCUUUGAAGUUGCCAUGAAAUUCCUUAAUUGGGCCACCCCCAACUUGUGAGGCUGAAGGCUGCUUGAGGCUUCUGGAUGCUGAAAAGGAAGAGUAAUGGGCAGGGGACUCAGCAGUCCUGAAGGGUGAGGGGAGGAGGAUGGUGGGAUCAGAGCUCUGUGCAUAACUUGCUGAGACCGUUGCCUUAAUGAUAUCCUCUACCUUAUGUAACUUGGUGUGCCAUUUUGAAACUUGAAUUUACUCUUGUAAGUGUAAGGGAUCCCAAGAGGGUUUGGAGAUGGAAAAGUAGCUUCUCGACCAAAUGCUACCUGUAGCCAGAAUGCUGUCUAGUGGUUGCCUGCUGGUCUUACUAUACCCAAAGUACUUUUCAUUAAAGAGGUAAUCUCAGUUUCUCACUGGAGGCACUCUGCAUGUUUUCAAACAGUUGACUAGGAGCUGGGGCCUUCUUCAAUCCCUAGCCAGGAAUGCCCAUCUGAUUUCCAGGGUGCCGUCUAAUUCUGGCCUGUACAUGGGGAAGUGGACAUGAGGCCCAUGUUAUCUUUCCAAGUGUACUAGGCAUAUAUGCCUAGGAACAGAUAGCCUAGUAAACGUUGGACUUUUAUUUUAUUUUUACACAUGCAAGUAAUCAAAAGUAAAACUAGAGUAGCCUAAUUUCCCAAGAGUAGGUGGAAAACUUUCCCUCCUACACAGUGAAGACAGUUAUAGUCUGUUAGGAUAAGAGAGAAAGCUCAGGGUGUAGGAAGGCUCUUUUCACACACUCUUUUCUCAUGAAAGUGCCCUAUUUUAAUAGGAAACAAUAAAUAUUGUUUUUAAUUUU